AUCACAGGUUAGAUCAGCGAUCCAUACCGAGUCAUGGUUGUGUGGCGAGUUCUUGGCACGCAGCGGCAUCAGCGAGUGAAGGACUUAGGGCGGCUGCUCCAGGCAGGGAGGGUUCUUGGCAGUGGUGCCGCUGGAUCGGGUCGUGCCCCAUGUCAGGGCAUCGUAGCAUUGGGAUUGGUGCCUCUGGCGAGGAAUGUGGGUUCUUCCCCGCAGGUAUUUCAAGCUCCGGGCGCUCCCGACGAUCCGGAGAGCUCAGUCCCCAGGAAGAAGUCCAUCUUGGGACUGGAUUUCCUGUCCAAGCUUUUCCAUCGCAACCAGGUAUCGCCGGCCGCGGUGCAAGAGGUAGAGCAAGAGGCUCAGGCGGAGGAGGUAGAGGGCGAUCCGGCCUUGCAUGCUUACUCGCAGGAGGAGGCGGAGCUCCUCCAGACCCAGGAGGAUGGAGCUUAUAGAUUGGAAGAGACCGAGAAUGGAGUGGAAGUAGCUGGGAUCCAGGGAGAGGUUCUUGAGCCAGUGGAGAAUUCUCUGGAGGAGAGUGCUGUGGAGGUAGAAAGUGUUGUGGAGGCGAGUGCUGUUGGGGAGGAGAGUGCCGUGGAGGUGGAAAGUGUUAUGGAGGAGGGAGGAGAACUUUCGCAUGAGGAAUCGGUAGUGGUGGAAGCCACCGUCGACGCUGGAGCUGGAGAAGCUGCGACGUCCACUACAACUAAGAAGAGCCUAGAGGAACUCUCAGCGAGUGUCCACGAGUUUAUCAAGGGAUUGCCACCCGCCGAAGUUCUAGCUCCAGUUGUGCCAAGUGCUCCUGCCCCUCCAGCCCCUACUCCGCCAGCUCCUGCUCCACCAGCUUCCGCUCCACCAGAAGCUGCAACGAAAACUGGUAGUCCUUCGCCUGCCAAAGCGAAGCCAGCUGCGUCUCAAAGUACUACGGAGAAGCCCAAGGGUGAAAAGCCAGAGACCGCGAAGAGUGAGAAAAAGGAGGAGAAACCCGCGACCCCGGCAGCAGCAAAGCCAGCAACUGAGAAGCCGAAAGCAGCAGCAGCAGGAGCAGCAGCAGCGACUACCAAAGUUGUGCCUUCAAAGGUGGCGAAGAAGGCCGCCACGUCGAGCAAGCCGGGGACUCCUUUGGCGGACACCGCGGUUUUCGAGUUUCUUCGUUCAAAGAUCCGGGAGACUGGAGAUAAGACUCCUCCAGAUGCUGCGAAGCCUCCCUCGUCGCCGAAGCUUUCACCUCGGUUUGAUCCAUCUUCGCCGUCCGCGGAGAAGACAAACGCAGCUAUUAACAUGCUCUUGGAGAGCGUAGAGAAAGGUGGCAAGUCUCCAUCGCCAGCCGCACCCAUAUUUGAGGCUCUAAAUGCAAAGCCGGAAGAAACAGUGGAAGCGUCGCCGGCAACUCCACCACCUUCUCUGCGCCUCUCUUUGUCUACUCCAGCCGCCGAGCCUGCUCCGAUGGACGCCAAUGCUGUAGCGGACGAGCUGAACAACCGCCUGACGGAAGGAAAGGUUCCCGAGGCCAUUGCUCUUUUCGAAGAUUGGCGAACGAAGAUCAAUCCUGUCACGCUCGAGUGCAACAAGCCAGACCGGAGGCUGUAUAACCUUUACAUGCAGGCGAAGGUGAAGCACGAGGCCAACUUUGCGGAGCUCCAGGAGGUGGUGACUGAGAUGGAGGAGUCGGGCCUUCCACGUGACUUAAACGGCUACAACAUUCUCAUUCGCGCUCUGUUUCGCAAGAAGGAUUCAGCCAUGGCCGAAAAGCUUCUCGAGCAAAUGGAAAAGGAGGGGCCACAUGCACAGCCCGACGCUGACUCCUACAACUUGGUCGUGGUUCUGUGUGCACAUGACCGCAAAGUCUUGGCGGCUACGAAGUACGUGAAGGCCAUGCUUGACAAAGGCUUUGAGCCCAGCAGGACAACGAUAAACGAGGUAGCUCUGGCCACUGCCCGUUCUCAUCAGACGAAGCUUGCGGCCUCUCUGUUGAAAGAUCUCAAGGCUGGAAAACUGCCUCUCCCGAUGCUGAACACUUGCGCGGAGCUGCUGAUGGCCGCGAGUGAAGUUGAUGACAACGAGUGCGCUCGCCUUGCGUUAGCUGCUAUCACUGAAAGGCCCAUGGCGAAGUUCGGUCCGAAGAUGAUAUUGGACGAAGGCACUAUGAUAGCUGUUCUGGGAACAGCCGCAAGAACAGGUGAUACAGCUUUAUGCAACCAUGCUUGGGAGGCUCUCGUUCACCACACCCAAGGAAUCGGGAAAACCCCGUCCGUGGAGGCGUAUCUUGCUCGCAUCCAUGCCCUCGCUCUGAGUGGAGAUAUGUCAACAGCUUUUAGAGCAGUCUGGGAGCUCGAGGUCCAUCACGGGCGGAAGCAAGACAGCGAUACGGAGGCCUUUUCGCCGUUUACGUCGCUAAAGUCGCUUGCUUCGGCGUGCUCACGAGGUGGCGCGGCAGCUUUGGAUGCGGCUUAUUACAAGCUGGAAGAGGCGCACACGAAAAAGCAAGGUGUGUCUAUAGCUGCCAUCAACUGCGUUAUUCAGGGGUGUGCCAACCUCUGGGAUUCUGAGCGUGCAUACCAGACGUUUGAAGCGAUCGAGAGCGUGUUUGGCCUAAGGCCCGAUAUUCACUCCUGCAAUGCGCUGCUGCAUGCGCUGGGAAGAACGAAGAUGACGGAGGACGCUCUGAGGGUGUACGACUACAUAAAGGAGGCGGGAUUCAAGCCAGACAAGUGGACUUACAUGCUUUUGGCUGACGCACACAUUGUGAACCACGAUGCAAAUGCGGCACUGGACGUUCUCCAGACCAUGAUUGAGAACCACCACCGCCCGUUUCGUCAAACGACUCUCAAGGUGUGGACACGUUGCAAGCAGCAGGACGACAACGAUGCGCUGGACCGGUUGCGCAAGAUGGAGGAGGCGCUCGACUACCGCCAGUCUUUCUUUGCGAACGCCAGGCGGAAGAUGUUGCUGGACGUUAUCAAGGGAGACCGGCCACCCCCGCCGGUGGGAAUGGACUCUCGCUAGGCGAGGAAAAGCUUGGUUGGAGGGGCGAGGGGUGGGGAUCACACAACGCCACCAUCGCCAAACAGCAGCAGCAGCAGCAGGAGAAGAAGAAGCUCAUCACGCAAACAAGAGGUCUGUACAGCUCCCAUGUCAGUGUUUGAUGACAAAGGCUCUUCCGCGGGUCCCAAAACAGGAAUAAGAUGCUUCGAAGAACAGAGACGCAGACGCUUGUCACAGGAUUGGAUUGCGAUCUUUAACAAUCUUUGGUGACAUCUUGUUUCUUU